AUGGCAGGCAAUACUGAAAGCUCAUUCCGUGAUUCACUGCGCAAUUUCAAACUAUCCAGAUCAUCAGCGGCACCGAUAUCGCUACCGACGACGACCGCCAACAGCCCCGAAAACUCGACCUUUGCAUCUUUCCGUGAUAACGCCAGUAAUCUAUUCUCCAAUGUAACCCACACUGUUCAGGGAUACAUGCCCGUAGGCUUCAACGGCGAGGAAGAAGAAGAAGAACCCUGGUAUCAAAUGUCACGGGUGGAGCGAGUCAUGGCUUUUGCUCUUUGUCUGGCCUUAGGUAUCGCUUGUUUCUGUCUGGCCAUCUUUUUGUUUCUGCCGAUGUUUGCUCUUGCACCGGGAAAAUUCGCAGCCACCUUUACACUUGCCAGUAUCCUGGUACUUGUUAGUAUCGCUAUGCUGAGAGGUCCGAUGGCCCACUUGAAGCAUAUGAUGUCCAUCGAAAGAGCACCCUUCACCAUUACUUAUCUGGGCACAAUGGCCUUGACCCUGUAUUUCUCUCUCGGUCCUCACAACUAUAUCUUGACUAUCUUAUUUGCCAUCAUCCAGCUCAUUGCCUUGGUGUGGUAUUUUGGAUCGUACAUUCCAGGUGGAGUAGCAACAUUACGUUACGGCACUGCCUACAUUGGACGAAGAGCCGCUUCAGUAUUGCCUAUUUAA